AAACAAGAGUAAAAAUCACGGAACCGCAAAACGGGACAGCAACUGAAGCAAAAAGAAACGAAGUGACUUCGGAGUAAGGUAUGCAUGUUCUUCCUGUCAUCUCAAUUAUUGUGGCAGGUGAAAUUCUUUUCACCACCACCAGCGCCACAGCCGCCGCUGUUUCUUCUGACUUGACUUCUGGAAGCCAGCCAACUGAUAAAGACGCCAUCUACGGUAGCAAUAGCAAAGUCAAGGAGCAACAGUUAUCGUCGUGGUGGAAUAUAGCCAAUUUGCCAUUGUACGUGGACUACUUUCGGUUCCAUGGAGUUGGCAGUGUGGGCUUGGUCCUAUGCCCAGAAGAUGUCAGCGGAAGAGAUGAGAUUGUCAGACCAAUUGGAAGACUUGUACGUGGUUUCUUGGCAUCACAAAUGUACGUGAAUGUGUUUCGUGAUAAUAUGAACUUGGACCAUGAUGUGGAUGACGAUGACGAUGAUGAUGAUGUGCAUCAGUUCACCUUGAAUCCCUUAAGCUACAAGACGGGAAUAAUUGUCAAUUUAGAUGGCUCCUGUGCCUGGCAGACUCUGAGGGCAGCCGAGCAGAGAAAUCUAUUCACAACCAACCGUUUUUGGUUGCUUCUGAGUGCGGGUGGCAGUGGCAAAGAUGGGACAAUUUCUGACGUGUUCAUUCCACCGGAUGGUGAGGUUAGAUUGCUGAUGUUGAGUGAGGGCAGUCUGUUGGAUGUUUAUAAGGUCGACGCAGGGAAGCCAAUGAGGGUGAGGCAAGUUGGUCGGAAUAUAACUUCGAGUAGAGAUUUGGUAACGAGCUUGCAGCAAUUCGGUUCGGCAAUUUCGUAUCGAGAGAAUUUGGAGGGAUUGGAAUUUAGGACCGGUCUGGUGAUUGCAUUCCCAGAUAUGUACACUGACAUUGAGGAUUUGACAAUGAGACAUAUUGACACAAUCACAAAGGUGAACUAUCCAUUGACAAGGGCGCUCAGUGGAAGGUUCAACAUAAGCUUCAACACCCAUCAAACUGACAACUGGGGUUGGAAGAAGCCGAAUGGCUCCUUCGAUGGGCUGAUGGGACGGUUUCAGCGCUAUGAGUUGGAUUUUUCUCAGAAUGCCAUAUUCAUGCGACUGGACCGGGUUGCCGUGGUUCAUUUUGUCGUGGAGACCUUUCGCAUCCGAGCUGGGAUAAUGUUUAGACAACCUCCGCUAUCGGCGGUAGCGAAUAUCUUCGCCUUGCCGUUUAACUAUGACGUUUGGAUUGCGGUAGCGGUGUUUAUUAUAUUCACUGCUAUAAUUAUGUCAGUUGAAUUGGCUUUUUCACCACUGCUUGGAGGGAUGGAUUUUGGAGAUUGCAUUGUUUUUGUUUGGGGAGCCAUUUGUCAACAGGGAUUCUAUGUGAAUAUUCCAAAUCGGUCGGCAAGGAUUUUGGUUUUCACGACUUUUGUAACAACGUUGUUUCUCUUUACAUCGUUCUCGGCGAAUAUUGUGGCUCUGCUGCAGAGUCCGAGUGAGGCUAUUGGAACUUUGGGUGAUCUUGGGCAAUCGCCGUUGGAAAUUGGAGUUCAGGACACUGUUUACAAUAAGAUUUUCUUUAAUGAAUCCACGGAUCCAGUGACACGAACUUUAUUCCAGAAGAAGAUCCAACCCAAGGGUGAAAAUGUUUACAUGCGACCCAACAUGGGCAUGGAAAGAGUUCGCACAGGACUGUUUGCAUAUCAAGUAGAACUUCAAGCUGGCUAUCAGGUUAUUAGCGAUACUUAUGCUGAGACAGAAAAGUGCGGCUUGAAGGAAUUGGAACCGUUUAAGUUGCCAAUUCUGGCAAUUCCUGUACGAAAGAAUUUUCCCUACAAAGAACUCUUUCGAAGGCAAAUUCGUUGGCAAAGAGAAGUUGGUCUGAUGAAUCGGGAAGAAUUGAAAUGGUUCCCUCAGAAGCCGAAAUGUGAGGGCAGUGUUGGAGGAUUCGUUUCGAUUGGGCUAACUGAGUGUCGUUAUGCAUUUGCUUUGUUUGGUUAUGGAUUUGGUUUGGCAGUUUCUAUGUUAUUUGUUGAGAUUUUAAUGAAAAAGUUAGUUGGGCUUGUUGGGAAUGAGGGUGAAAUUUUUGUUAAAAAUUAAAAAGGUCUUAAAAAAAUGUCUUUAUAAAUAAAUAUGCUGUUACUU